AUGUCGGUGGAACAGCUCGGUGUUUCUGCAGACAUGCCGAACCAUGGUCAGCUACGGUUUGGCCAGGUGCAGAAAGACAAUGGCACUGAUAAUGCCUAUGCCCACACCCUCAGCGGCAGUCUACAAUUGCCUACUACAAUGUCAAUCCGAGCAAUGCACACAAAGAAGAGCUCCCUUGAGGAUGAGGGAUCAAGCUCGGUCCCAGCGCUGAGCUCGUCGACCACUGACUCUUCCUCGGACUCUGAUUUAUCCUCGGCCGACACAAUAUAUACCACAAACAAGUCCAAGAACAAGGUCACAGGGAUAUGGCCGGCACCAUCUACCGACUCGUCCAGCAAUACGGACGGUUCGGAUACCAAAAAGUACCCGCGGAUUAGCCGGGCAGUUGAGUUAAUGCGAAGCUCGUACGACUGUGUUGUCAUUGGUUCUGGCUAUGGCGGCGGUGUUGCUGCCUCACGCAUGGCACGUGCCGGGCAGAGUGUCUGCCUGCUGGAGCUGGGCAAAGAACGGUGGCCUGGAGAGUAUCCCUCCAGCACACUGGACUCAUUCAAGGACCUGCACUGCUCUGGCGAUCUGGCGCCGUCUUCCUUGGGUGGCGUGGAUGUCAGCACCGGUCAGCCGACCGGAAUGUACCAUUUGAUCUUUGGACAAGGACAAAAUGCGGUUGUGGCUAAUGGCCUUGGAGGCACCAGUCUGAUCAAUGCGAACGUAUUCUUGCGUGCCGACCCAGAUACAAUGGCGAUGAAAGCAUGGCCGAAAGAGCUGCGCAAAGAAAACGCGCUGGACGAAUACUAUGACAGGGUGGAGAGUGUGCUCGAGCCUGAGGCAUACCCAGAUGACUGGCCGACACUUCCUAAGCUAGAGCUGUUGAAGAAGCAGGCUUCCGCUCUCCAGAUGGAGGACAAGUUCAGCAAAGUCAAGCAGACGACGCGGUUCCGAAACGGCCCCAACAGCUGCGGCGUGGAAAUGACGGCCUCUUCUCUCACAGGCCAAGACUGCACUGGAUUGAACGACGGGUCCAAGACGACGACUCUGGUCACGUAUCUGGCGGAUGCUUGGAAUUGGGGUGCCGAGAUGUUCUGCGAGUGCGAAGUACGCUACGUCGAGAAGGUCACAGAUGAGCGCGGCGGCUACCGCGUCUAUUUUGCCUGGCACGGACGCAACCGCGGACGCUUCAAGGCGGACAUGUACAGCGAUCUCAUGUGGGUGUACGCGCGCGAUGCCGUGUUCCUGGGAGCUGGCUCCCUCGGCACGACGGAGAUCCUGCUGCGCAGCAAAGCCAUGGGCCUGGGACUCAGCGACAAGGUGGGCCAGGACAUGAGUGGAAAUGGAGACAUGCUGGCGUUUGGGUACAACACGGACCAGACGGUCGAUGCGAUGGGUCGGGAAAAGCCAUUGCCGUACCGUCCGAUCGGACCGACAAUUACCGGCGUGAUCGACAACAGAGACGGGCACAAAAACCCUUUGGACGGGUAUGUGAUUGAAGAAGGUGCGGUGCCUCACGCACUCGCGGGCCUGCUGCAGACCAUGAUCGAGCUGAUGCCAGGUUCGGUGGCGUCCAAGCACACCUCUGUGAUGGAGCGUGCGCGGGAAAGUCUUGCCAGCGUGGGCAGCCAGCUGCUAGGCCCAUACUUCCGUGACGGGGCGGUGGAAAGGACGCAAAUUUAUCUGGUGAUGUCCCACGACAGUAACCAGGCGGUGCUGUGCCUCCGUGACGACAAGCCGGUGCUCGAGUUUUUGGGUGUCGGCCGCAGCGAACAUGUCAAACACAUCAAUGGCGUCCUCGCCAAGGCGACGGAAGCAGUAGGCGGCACGCUUGUGGGCAGUCCAUUCUCUGCGCUGAUGGGACAGGAGAUCACGGUUCACCCGAUUGGGGGUGCAUCCAUGGCACCAGACGGCAGUGGAGUCUCGGGAGCGACGGAUCAUAUGGGCCGACUGUUUGCAGGAAACGGCAGCGAUGUGCACGAUGGUCUGAUCGUGACGGAUGGCGCGGCUAUCCCGACGGCACUGGGUGUCAACCCGCUGGCGACGAUUGCGGCUCUCGCUGAGCGGUCGGUGCAGCAGUAUGCAACAUCGCGAGGGCUGCAGAUUCGGACAGAGAAGAACGGGGUCCUGAAUCUCUUCGGCAAGCCGGCACACCAAGCCGAUGACUACAACAACAGCCACAAGGCCUUCUCGACCGCUUACGAACAGGCUCAGGAACAGGAAGAUGCCGACGAGGAGAAACAGACGAAGGUGGCAGACGGGAUUAUCAGGCGGGCAGAGUCAGAGGACGCCAGUGGGUUUGGAUUCACGGAGGUCAUGUCUGGCUUCCUCCACAGCGGCGACAUCAGCGGCAGCAUGGCGACAGACGAGAGGCAGGCAUACGAGCUGGGCUACCGGACGGGCAAGAGCCUGUGCGAGAGCGCACGGUUCUUCCUGACGGUGCAGAGCUUCGACACGGAGGAGAUGGUCAGCAGCACCGGCCACGAGGCAAUGCUGACGGGAACAUUUGUGUGCCCGACACUGCGCGGAUCGCCGUUCAUGGUGCAGCGCGGCGUCUUCCGGCUGUUUGCGGUCGACAGCAGGGCGCCGGGGACGCGCAACCUGACAUACGACUUUGACCUGCACGGCACGGACGGACGGACGCUGCACUUCCACGGCUACAAGGUGGUGGACGCAUCGGUGGCGCUGGCGCCGCUGCAGUUCUGGCGGGCGACAACGACGCUCUUCGUGACGGUGACGAAGGAGGAGGUGGUGGUGGCCAAGGGGAUGAUGCACAUUGGAGCAGCAGAGUUUGCGUCCGAAGUGAUGACGAUGACGCCGACAGGAAGUCGACUGCUGCAACGGCUGGCGAGCACGAACAGCUUCCUGUCAUACUUUGCACGACAGUCACUGGGGCUGCUUCUCGGACCGCUGGCACGGCUGCAAUAUCCAAAAGCGACAGUGACGGGAUUCAGCAACGAUACGACACCGACGCGAGUGUGGACAGACAUCCGGGCGUCUGACGGCGUGCACACGCGCAUGUGCAUGUGGGAGCCACUAGCAGCGUACGUGCCUCGCGGAGCAGACGGACAGGCCGGCGUGGUGCACAACCUGUUCAUGGUGCCGGGAGCGGCGGUGGACCAGCAGAUCUUUGCGACGCCAACGAUCCCGUUCAACGCGGUCAACUACUUCAACCGGGCAGGCUAUCGCGUGUUUGUGACGGUGCCGCGGAUUGGACAGGUGAAGGAGGCCGAGAAGGGCUGGACGACAUAUGAUGCACGACUGGACAUCCGGGCGUGUUUGGAGCACAUCCGGCGCGAGUACGGUGGUGGAAAGACGGGGGGGGACGAGACGGGACAGCCGAGCCCGAUAUACACGAUUGCCCACUGCAUGGGAUCAGUGGCUUUGUCAACAGGACUCCUGGACGGAACGAUCCCGGCGUCCUGGCUGCUGGGCCUGAGCUGCUCGCAGGUCUUCAUGAACCCGAUCUGGGCGACGUCGAACAUGGCCAAGGCGCGAGCAGGACCGGUGCCGAUGGACCGAGUCUACCGGCUGCUCGCAGGGCCGUGGUUCAGCUGCUCGACCAGUACCGAGGACUCGUUGGUGCAGCGGACACUCAACCAGGCGCUACGGCUGAUCAGCGCGAGCCGGCGGGCGGAAACGUGCAGCAGCGCGUCCUGCCACCGGGUCAGCCUCGUCUUUGGGCGGUGCUGGAACCAUGCGAACAUGAACGAGGCGACGCACCGGCAGAUCGAUCGCUUCUUCGGCGGCGUGCAUAUGCGCAUGUUGCAGCUGCUGAUGCGCCAAGGCAGCCAAGGUCACGUGAUGACCAAUGCGCCCUACUUUGCUAUUCUCGACACGCCCGCCAACGUGGCCCGGCUGCGUGGCCUGCCAAUCUUCCUGUUUGUCGGCAGUGACAACGUGGUGCUGUCGCCGCUGGCGACCGAGACGACGUACGAGGUGUUGUGCGAUACGUUUGGCGGCGACGCGGCCGAGGCGCAGUACGGCCGCCGUGUCAUUCCGGGCUACGGCCAUCUUGACUGCUGGAUGGGGCGUCAGGCCUGGCGCGACGUGUAUCCGGUCGUGCGCGCCGAGGUCGACCGGGUCGUGCACGGGGAUGGCUACCGCUUCCGGGAGCCGGACGCGACUGUCUGUCGGUUUACGCGGAUGAUGGAGGCGGGUGAAUUGUAA